UUCAGGUGCCAUCAACAGUCGAUCACUUUCCAGUGCAAUAGCCACAUCAGAGCUCUAGCUACUCUUGCAAAAUCUUAAGUCGCAAACUAUCACCAUGAACUUCUACAAGAUCUUCGUUUUCGUCGCUCUUAUUCUGGCUAUAACUAUUGGACAAUCCGAAGCUGGUUGGCUGAAGAAAAUUGGCAAGAAAAUUGAACGAGUUGGUCAACACACUCGGGAUGCCACAAUCCAGGGACUGGGAAUCGCUCAACAGGCCGCCAAUGUUGCAGCCACAGCUCGAGGUUAACCACGAAGAUUACUUAGAAUUAUUUAUUUAAAGAUCUAUUUAUUUUAUUGCUCUAUGUAAAUAAAACAUUUUAAAAA